CGGCCUCGCAGCCGUUGGCAGCACUGACUGCGUGCCACAGCCCUGCCGCUUCAGGAGUCUGUCGCAUUUGUAGCGAGUCGUGUCCAGUGAGACGUUCUGCGUUGGGAUUUCGUGCUGCUGUUUCUGCGCCGAGAAUUUCUUCUGCUACACCCACACCCUUAAUAAGAAUCGUCCGCAAUGGAAGCAGUUAAGGACAUCACAGAGACGGUGGCUGUCGACCUGGGGGACCUGCUGGACGUCGGGGACGACGCCAUGGUGAUACUCGAGGCAGGUGAGACUCGGCUGGUGGUGCACAGGGCCGUCCUCGCGGACAGGAGCCCCGUAUUUGCGGCCAUGUUCGCCCACGACACCCUCGAGGCCAGCAGCGGCGCGGUGAGCAUCCCGGACGUGGGGGGCCCGGUGCUCAGGCAGCUCGUCUCCUACCUGUACACCCUGCGGGCCCCCCAGCGGCCCGGCGCGGCCCCCCAGCUGCUGGCCGCAGCGGAUAAAUACGGGGUGUCGCGGCUGAAGGAGGAGUGCGAGCGGCAGGUGGCCGCUCAGCUGACCGUGGAGACCGCGGCGGCCGCAGCCGUACUCGCAGUCCGCCACUCCUGCAGUGACCUCAGGCGAGCCGCCAUCGAAUUUAUUAAGACUCGUACCCACGAGGUGAUGGCCACUCAGGGGUGGGCAGAUGCGAUGCGGAAGCAGCCGGAAGACUUGAUAGAAGUGAGCCGGUUGCUGUACGAUCCACCACCACAAACCAGUGCACCAGUCGUUACAGAGCCGAGGACCACCACCACCGGCACCACAACCACAACCAGAACCGCCACCACCACCACCGCUGCCACCGCCACCUCUGGCAGCGCACCUCACCAGACACCUGCUGCUGCGCGGCCCACGACUCCUCCACCUGAUGAGGCCACUGUCUCUCAAAUGCGGAGCCUCUCUGCAGAGGAGAGGGGCAGGAGGCUGGUCCAGGCGGCUCAGCAGCGGGCAGUGGGGGAGCUGAGGGCGCUGAUCGCCGCAGGGGCCGACGUGGAGGCGAGGGGCGUGCCGUGGGGGUGGACCGCCCUGCACUGGGCAGCGCGCAGGGGAGACGUCGAGGCGGCGAGGCUGCUGGUGGGGGCGGGGGCGGCGGUGGACGCCAGGGAUGAUAAUGGGUGGACGCCGCUGCAUGUUGCGGCACUCAGUGGCCGCGCAGAAGUGGCGGCUGCGCUGCUCGUCGCGGGGGCCGACAGGGGGGCCACAACUCGUCGUGGGGAGACAGCGCUGGACCUCGCCAGGGAGUCUGGCUACAGGCGGCUGGUGGAGAUGCUGUCAUGAGGCAGGCAGUCCAGCGAACUCUGUGCAAAAAAAACAGGAACUGAAAGAGUUUGUACGAGAGCAAUAUUCAUAUUUUUUUAAAUAAAGAUCCAAAAAACUCAA